AUGGAUCUUGACGAUUGGGAGUUCCACCAAUGGCUGUGUGACACCUCGGAUCAUAACCCGGGUGAAAUCACAGACCUGAUGAAAUAUCAUAUGCAGCGAUGUGCGAAUAAACCAGAUGAAAUUUACAAAUUACGGCGACAUUUUUGGGAUACGACGGGACAUGAAAAUAUAGAAUGUCCAUUGAAAUUUACCAAGCAACCUACUCCUAAGACGAGCACAAAUGUGACUAAGACGUCGAGUGAUAAGAAGAGGGCAUCGGAUGAUAAAGCACCAUCGUCGAGGAACAAGCCACAAGCGUCAAGUAGCAGGACACAACCAUCUAGUAGUGGAACGCCACAACGAACCGAUAAUCGAGAUAACCGAGACCUUUAUGACACUCCUCCACCAGCUCCAAAAUUAUCCCGCUCAAAGAAACCCAGUACAAAUCCACCUGCAAAAGGAUAUGCAUCAGGAGGAUGGAGAAGCGUGAAUGAUCCAGAAGCAGGGCAGCGACGACGCUCACCAUCUAGUUCCCGCGAGCCCGAAUCACGCAGUAGCGCAUCUUUUGCAUUUCGACCAAGUCCUUCAUCUGGUGGAGAGAGUUACAAUGAGACUUCAAGAUCUUCGAAUAGCAGAAGAGAACCUGAUCAGAGGGAUCGACGACAAGAUGCCGCUUUUAUGUCUCGCGCCUCGGAUAGCAAUACUAGUAGACCAAUGACGAAACGACCUGCUAUGACGUCUGAGAGGAAAGAUGAUAGUAGGCGAACGAGAGAGGGAAUUGUCGCUUUGUAA